AUGCAUCGUUUUGUGGCGGCCGUACUGCGUCUGGUCGUUGGCCUGAUGAGUGGUUGGUGGACCCGGUUUUGCCUCCGGUUUCAAUCACCGGCCACCAUCUGUACGGUCACGAUCGGACCGGGUAAGUUACGCGGAGUGACGGCAAAGGGUUAUCAUUACUUCAAGGGCAUCCGCUAUGCCGAGCCUCCGAUUGGUGAUUUGCGUUUCAAGCCUCCCGUACCGCUGAAGACGUUCGCGCAACCCGUGGUGGACUGUUUCGUGGAGGGAAGCCGAUGUAUACAGUACGAUCAAAUUUUGAAAGUGUUGAUCGGUUCCGAAGAUGGACUGUUCCUGAACGUCUACACACCGGAACUGCCUGGCGGUGGGGACGGGGGUCAACCGAACCUUCCGGUGAUGGUGUAUAUCCACGGGGGAGGAUUCAAGUGCGGCAGUGGCGACGCAUUCCUGUACGAUCCCGUGUACUUUGUGCAGCGACGCGUGGUGAUCGUAACCUUCAACUAUCGGCUAGGGCCACUUGGAUUUCUCUCCUUCCCGGAAGCCGGUGUGCCCGGUAAUGCUGGGCUUAAGGAUCAGCUGUUGGUGUUGCGCUGGGUACGCGACAAUAUUGCCGCGUUCGGUGGCAACCCGCACAAUGUGACACUCUUCGGAGAGAGUGCUGGUGCCAAGGCGGCCUAUCUUCACUAUUUGUCACCGGUUUCCAGGCAAUACUUUCAUCGUGUCAUCUGCCAGAGCGGUGUGGCGUGUUCCGAUUUUGCACUGCAAGUUGAGCCAACACUCAAAGGACGCAAACUGGCAGAAUGUGUUGGUUUUACGGGCUCAUCCGAUGCAAAGGCGCUCGAGACACUAAUGAAUGCACCGGCUGAACAGCUGAUCAAACAUGAGCUGCAAACGCUGCACGAGUCGGAACGCUACCAGGAGCUACAGUUUCCCUUCCGUCCGGUGGUAGAGGCUAACGAACCCGGAGCCAUCAUUACGCAGCAUCCACAAGAUGCACUUCGAUCAUCGCUCCAUCCACCGAUUCCAAUCAUAACCGGUUGCAACAGUGGCGAGGGCAUUAUGGCCUAUGCCAAUGCCAAACACCACCUUGGCGAGUACAAUGACCAACCAGAGCGUUUGCUACCACCGUGGCUUCAUCUACCGUCGUCCGUUCGAACCGAGGUAGCACUAAAAGUGAAAGGAUUCUACUUUGGCAAAGAGCCAGUUUCACGGCACACCCUGGUGCAACUAUUGGAUCUUCUGUCCGACAAUGAGUACGUAACUGCGACGCUAACGGCAGCCGAGCUAAUGGCCAGACACCAGCCGCUUGUGCCGCACUAUGCGUAUUAUUUUACCUUUGAUGGACGGUUUGGGAAUUUGAAGCAACUAUUGAACCUAUCACACCUGGCCGGGGUCAGCCAUGGGGACGAUGUGUUCUACAUGUUCCACUCGCCCCUCAAUGCCACGCUGGAGAAGGAUGCCGAUGAGCAUCGGGUGCGGGAUGCACUAGUCGCCAUGUGGACUGAUUUCGCGCGUUACGGAAAUCCGACUCCGGGGGAGGCCGAUAAGAAAAGUGUUUCCUGGGAGCCGGUAAAGCCAUGUGCCGCUGUGAGACCGGUGGUGACCGUGAAGCAAGGCAAACUUCGGGGUAUUACGUCGACCUUGCCCAACGGGACGCAGUAUCACUACUUCAAGGGCAUCCCGUACGCGGAGCCACCGGUGGGUGCAUUACGAUUUAAGCCACCGGUACCAUUGGAGCGAUUCCGCAAACCGAUUGUCGACUGCUACGCCGAGCGAUCUAAUGCGGUCCAGAAAGAUUUCUUCUCGGAUCGUGUCAGUGGCGCAGAGUCCAGCCUGUAUCUGAAUGUGUUCACUCCUCGGCUGCCGGGUGAGGCGGAUGUUACGAAGGGUGUUCCGAAGCGGCCAGUCAUGGUGUUCAUCCAUGGUGGUGGUUUUAUGAACGGUACCGGUAGCAGUUUGUUCUACAAUCCGGAGUACUUUGUGCAAGAGGAUGUGGUGAUGGUAACGAUCAACUAUCGUCUGGGACCACUCGGAUUCCUCUAUCUGCCCGAUGCCGGUGUGCCUGGUAAUGCUGGGCUUAAGGAUCAGCUGUUGGCGCUCAAGUGGGUGCAUGAAAACAUUGCCCAGUUCGGUGGCAACCCGGAGAAUGUGACUCUGUUCGGAGAAAGCGCCGGCAGCAUGUCAGCGUACUUGCACUAUCUCUCGCCCAACUCACGAAAGUACAUCCAGCGAGUAAUCUGUCAGAGUGGUGUGGCCUGUAGCGAUUCGUUCUUCCAGAUUGAACCACAGGAGAAGGCACGCAAGUUGGCACGCUUCUUCGGUUAUACCGGUGAUAGCGAUCAGGGUGCUCUCGAAACCCUCCAGAAGGUACCGGCACAGCUGCUGGCCAAGCAUCAGAACGAGGUCAUAAGCGAUGGCGAGAAAAAGCUCGCGCUCAUCUUCAUCUUCCGGCCGGUGGUUGAGCGGCAGCAGACUGACGACAGCAUUAUCACGCAGCACCCACAGGAGAUCCUGAAGACCUACGACGCGCUACGGAUGCCCCUCCUCGAGGGUUGCAAUAAUGGUGAGGGCAUUUUAGCUUUGCGUACUCUCGGAUCAAAAUGGCAAUCGUUCCUGAAGUCACCGGAGCGGCUCGUACCGGUGCUACUGUCCAGUAAAGCACCAAACCUAGACCGGGCACUGGUUGGGCAGGAGCUGAAGCGUUCUUACUUUGGCGAUCGUCCGCUGACCGCCGAACAGACGCUGAACCGUAUGUGUGACCUGCUGUCCGACAACACCUUCAUCACUAAUUCAGUAACGAGUGCCGAAUGGAUGGCCAAAUAUCAACCAAAGGCCCCACACUACCACUACCGCUUCACCUUCGAUGGACGGUUCAGUAUGCUCAAGCGUCUUUUCCAACAAUCGCACGUUGCCGGUGCGUGCCACGGUGACGACUUGUUCUACAUGUUCAACCCUUGUUUUCUCCCGAAAGUACCCGCAGACAGCGAUGAGGUACGCGUUCGACGUAUAUUGGUGGCACUGUGGACGAGUUUCGCUAAACAUGGUGACCCAUCCGUCGAUGUACCUACAGAGCUGGUGCCAGAAAAGUGGACCCCGGUACGCAAGAUCGCACGUGAUGCAACGGAUUUCGACCUCGACUGUCUCGAGAUCAAUGCAGCGCCCCGAAUGGUCAUCAAUCCGGCUGGUGAUCGGAUAAGGCUGUGGCGUCGCCUACUGAAGCAAUACCGUCCCGACUACCUUUGAGGGACCGGUGUUGCCGAAAUGUCACAUGGUACCAACCGAUGUUCCCACGGGGAGGUGUUACUUGCCGAAUGUGAAUUUGGCAGCCAAAUAAACUGCUUUCCUCGCGGAAACAUGACAAACUA